AUGGAUUCUUUUAUGUUCAGCUUCUACGGUGACCCGCAGACUCCCACGAGGACCCCCCAAUUCGACUCGUUUCCCCCCAAACUGGAAUCCAGCUUCUUCGAUCCCCGAGUCACCUGGGACACCUCCGAUCCAUAUGCCUCGAGCCCAGAGCUGCUCCGCACCCCUCAGAGAUUCGGCCUAGGUGCAAAACCCGGCAAUGAUUCAGCCUGCAAGCGGGAGACCGAUACCGCCAGGCGAAUCCGUCCAAAUGGCGACGAAUAUCCCCGGACGAUAGGCUCCGCUAAGUCGGCUGCCUCCAUGCAGACCCCUCCGCCCACCAGUGCCUCGAGGAGGAAGAUACCCGAGUUCGAGCCCGAGGACUCGUUGUCCAUGGGGGGCCAUCUGGAGACUCCGAGUCGGCUGCUAGGGGAGUCACCGCGAAUGUUUGGACAGACCUCGCCCGAUCUCUUUCAAUUGGCCUCGCUGGAUCCCGUAGGAUCUCCAUUCUUUCCACAGCAGCGAUUAUUCUGGGAUCAUGAACCGGAGUCCAAUGAAAUCCCCCUGCCAAGCAACGGCAACUUCGAUGCUCGCCAAUCUUCAAUCCCGAAACUACCCCCCAUCGGUAGUGCAAAUCUGCCCGACUUCAGCGCCAGCUAUGGUCUGUCAGCACCGACCGAUGCUGCUCUCUUUCCUGCUCCGUUUUCCACCUCCCCCCGCCGCCCUGUCGCCAAGGCGGAGGACCCAGCUCUCUUUUUGAGCUCCCCGGCUCGGCGGUUCGGUGGUCCUCAACUUACACCGGAGACCAGGUCUUUGCGGGGCUUGCGGCAGCCGUAUCAUCACCAGGCGGAGGAAUCUAGGCGGGAACAGCUGUUGCGGGCGGAGGGGAAUGGGCGGCCCGAUUUCGCCAACUUCCCGAGCGAGAGUGACGAGGAAGACGAGGAUAUUACUCCCAGAGGCAUUCGGCCGGGCCUGACCCGGAGUCUCACACACAACGGCUUGUCUUCUAGUCGAUCUUUCAGUCAAGGCAUGAUGGCAUCGACGAGCGGUGUGCGGAAGAGCCCAUCGAAAGGACGUUCGUCUCCAGCGAAGACAAUGCGUCCCGCUCCUCUGCCUCGAGCAAACUCAAUUGCCACAGGUUUACCAACCCGGUCUUCCUCUGUGGUCCUCCGCAUUGGGCGGGACGGUCGCGCAAAGGCCGAAAUGGAGCCCGUCGAUGAGGGGCCGACGGGGUUGACCGAUCCCCUGACUGGCAUGGAGCUUGAUGGGUCUGCAACUGAAAGUGAGGCCGAUCCUACUGAGUAUCCCGAAUACCCAGUGUUGCACCGUACUCGGUCAUCUUUUUCACUCUACGAUGGUCCCCGUCCGCCACUUUCCCGUAGCGACUCAGAUUCUCGGCCCCUUUCCAAGGGCUCAUACGCUUCCACGGUUGGAUCCUCGCACUCCGGUCGUAUGUCGCCGUGGGCUGGAUCCUCACGAGCUGGACGGCCAUCGUUACGCGGGUCGCCCGAUAUAAAACGGACGCCGAAGCGGCAUUCCUCAUUACUCCAUUCCGACUCGACUUUCACCCGCGGUAGUGCCUCAGACUCGCUUCCUGGUGAGGAUGAUGACAGCGGUGAUGCCCAAUCUGCUCUCCGACAGGUUCUCAAAGAACGUGGACGGGGUCCCAGGCCGUCGACUGGCCUUCGCACCCGUCUUUCUCGCUCCUCACAUACCUUCAAUCACCUCCGAUCAUCACCUCCUCGCCUCGGUAGUGAUUAUGACAUUCCUCGACACAAUGGUUCUCCCACUACCCUCACCGAUCCCGAUCUAGCCACUCCUUGUACGGAGCGGCAUAACAACCCGAGCAUUGGGACGCGAUGUGUCUGUCGCUCGAUGGAUAACGGUGGCCACCUCAUGAUUCAAUGUGAAUCAUGUACCCACUGGCUGCACACGAGAUGUGUUGGGUUAGAGCGCUCCCAUCUACCCUCCGUCUACGUCUGCGUUUUCUGUGCGCAAACUCCAUCAAAGCAGAACCGCUCGCGAUCCUCUUAUGUUCCGAGUCAAGCUCCCCCCUCCCCAUUAGCCCAUAAGUCAUAUCGACUGCGGUGA